AUGUCUUCCAAAGGCCAAAGUCGACCCAAGGGCAGCACCAGCAAAGGGGAGAAGAGCGAGAAGGCCUCCAAGAAGGAGCUGUCGGAAAGAGCGCGGAAGGACGAGGAAAUGCGAGCCAAGUUCGCCUUCUUCUCCCCCGGGUACAACGGCGAGGGGGUGGAGAAGCUUACCUUGGCGCUAGCCACCAGGCACAACGAGUACGGGCCGACGCGGGUACUACCCGUCGGCGCGGAGCGCGACCCGCAGUACUUCCGGGUGUUCGCGAGGUUUGUUCUUACCGGGUUCGUGCCACCGCACUCCUUCUUUCUUUCUGCCAUCAUGGAGACAUAUGGGCUCAUCCUGGCCCAGCCGGGAGAGGGGAAUGACCCAGACUGGGACUCCGCCAGGCCGGAGGACUCGGACUCCGGCGAUGACUCUUCUCUUGGCGUCGGAGGAAACUCCGAGGACAACGACGACGCUCCCCGGGAAGCUGGCGGGGGUGCGCCGGAGGAGGACGAUGACGACAAAGACGACGUCCCCCUUGUGAGACGGUCGGCUGCACAAACGGAAGCGAGCGGGAGGCAAGCCCACAGCCCCAAGCGUCUCUGCCGGAUGCGGGGACCGCUGUUUCCGCCGGCGGAGGGGCUACUACGGAGGCCACCCCUGCUGCCCCGGCGGCUCCGCUGGUUCCGCCCGCACGGAAGAGCAUCUUGGCGGAUCGGGUGCUCAAGCUCAAGCCGCCGGGGUCUUCAAAGAAGAAGGAGCAGCCUAGCACUUCGCCGGCAGCCCCGGCCAAAUAACCACGCCCGACAGCGGGUGGUGGUGAUAAAGACGCCGUUGACGCGACGGGAACAUCGGCAUCUGCCGCUGGGGAUACACAAAUCCUCGACCUUGGUCGGCAGGGCACCGGCCCAGGAGCAGGGUCAGAGGCAGUCGGCGGGAGCCUCUCGGCAACCGGCGGCAACGUGGGCGACAGAGCCGCACACACAGCCGGGGACGGGACGCGGCAAGUCGCCGGGGACGCUCCAUCUGCACCCGCAACAACUGAAAUGUGGGUGAUCGACCUCACCGGCGAGGUCGACGACGCCCCAGAGGACACCAUCUGAGAAGCGUCGCUGUUAGAGAAGCAAUGAGGGCCCAUUGACUAAAGUUUUGAUCAGGCUUCAUAGGGGAUAUUUCAGCAGUAGGGUUACCAUCAUUUGUAAACAUAAUAUUUCAGUGAGAUGAGCAGCGGUAGUAAGACGAAUAACAGUGUCGGGGUAUCCUUUGUUUGACAAAUUGCCACUGUGCUUGAACAAAUUUUAUGGUUUACAACAUUACGUGACUUUUGUUUAUGUAAAUGUUUUAUCAUUGUAUGUGUAAGCUAAUAACUAUGCCUGUUAUGAUGGAUAGUUGUUGAUUCUUUGUGCGCUUGUAAAUUGUAAUACACCUAAUUGAGUUGAGAUUAAUUUUGACGUGCGUUGCACGUGCAAUAUUACUAGUGAAUAAAA